GUUUCGGGUGUUUUGGUUAGCGCGUUUGGAGUCCGCUGCGGCCGCCGCAGCAGAUCGCGUAUUGCCUUGCGCCUCCGUCCAUUCAUCCAUAGGAUUCCCUUGCUUGCUGAGCGAUGGGGAUCAAGGGUCUGAUCAAGUUCAUCAGCGACGCGGCGCCCCGCAGCCUGAAGGAGCACGAGAAGUACGAUUUUCUGAUGGGUCAGAAGCUGGCCAUCGACGCGUCCAUGUCGCUGUACCAGUUCAUGAUAGCCAUCCGCGACGGCAGCAGCGGCAACAACCCCAACUUCUCGUACGCCAACCUCACCAACGAGAGCGGAGAGACCACCUCCCACAUCAUGGGCAUGCUCAACAGAGUCGUCAAGUUCCUCGGUACGGAAAACACCACACACAACACCCACCGCACACUGGCACACGAUUGCCACGGCAUCUCAAGCAUCUGAAUGAGUGUGUUGCGGUGUGCAUCUCUCUGUCUGUCUGUCUGUCUAUCUGUCAGAGGCUGGCAUCAAGCCCGUGUACGUGUUUGACGGCGCGCCCCCCCGCCUGAAGAGCGGCGAGCUGCUGAUGCGUUCGGACAAGCGUGCCAAGGCCGAGGAGGACCUCGAGGCCGCCAAGGAGGCGGGCGACAAGGAGGAGGUCAAGAAGUUCACGGGCCGCACCGUCAAGGUCACCAAGCAGCACAACGACGACGUCAAACACCUGCUCAAGCUCAUGGGCAUACCCAUCGUGGACGCGCCGUGCGAGGCCGAGGCACAGUGCGCCAAACUCGCGGCCAAGGGCAAGGUCUACGCCACCGCCACGGACGACGCUGACGCACUCACAUUCGGGUCGGUGGGCUGGGUGGGUGUUUGAGAUGGAUGGCCACACACACACACACACACACACAGAGAGAGAGAGAGAGGGGGGAGGGGGGGAGGGAGGGAGCGAGAGGGGGUCAUAUAUGUGUGUGUUUGUGUGUGCUGUGUUGGUCGAGUGCAGGUCGCCGACGGUGAUUCGGCACCUGAAUUUCUCGGAGCAGAAGGACCGUGGCAACAAGGUGCACGUGCUGACGCUCGCGACGGUGUUGGAGGACCUGAAGCUGACCAUGGACGAGUUCAUCGACUUCUGCAUCCUCUGCGGCUGCGACUACUGCGACUCCAUCAAGGGCAUCGGGCCCGUCACGGCCCACAAGCUGGUGCAGCAGCACCACUCCAUCGAGAACAUCAUCAAGCACAUGAAGAAGGAGAAGGGCGACAAGUUCGUCCUGCCAGACAACUUCCCCUUCGAGGAGGCAAGAAACAUGUUCAAGGAUCCCCAAGUACAUACGCCACGCCCCUGCCGCUCAGCCACACACACACAUUCACUGUCACAUGUGUGUGUGUGUGUGUGUGUGUGUGGUGCAGGUAGCUGAGGGUGACGAGUUGGGAGAGUUCAAGUGGGCGGAUCCGCAGUACGAGGAGCUCAAGACCUGGCUCGUCGAGACCCACACCUUCAACGCCGAGCGAGUAGACAAAAUCAUUCAGCGGUGAGUCCGCCACACACACACACACCACACGCACACACACAUGUGCCGCUCACACACGCCCCUCUGUGUGUUGUGUGUGUUAUUCCCUGACGCAGGCUCAAGAAGGCCAAGAGCAAGUCGGGCCAGAUGCGACUCGAGAACUUCUUCGGAGCCGUUACGGUCACUGUAAGUGCCACCACACCACACUGGCCACACAGACAGACCCCCACAAUCCGUCCGUCAUCUCUCUCUCUCUCUCUCUCUCUGCGUGACAUGGUUGCACCAAACAGGCGAAUCCGAAGAAGGAGGCGAAGGAGUUGAAGCAGCGUCAGGAGGCCAAGGCCAAGGCCAAGCAGAUCGCCAAGGACAAGGCCGCCAAGCGCAAGGCCGCACAGGGCACUGGCGCAGCCGCACCCAAGAAGAAGGCCAAAACCGACAAGGCCGAGGCCGCCGCCAAACAGGACGACCAACAGCCCAGCCACGACGGCGACGACGAGCCCAGCCACGGCCCCGACGACGAGUAGCUCAGUCUCACACACACACACGUUCACUCAGAUACUCACACACACACACACGCACACACCCCUACCCCUAUAUGCCAUUGCCGCUUCCUUGUACAGAGAGAGACGAGAC